AUGCCACUGUACACAGCUGUAGACGCUGUCUGCAUCAACUACCAGGGCCGCCAUCGGGGAGAACUCGACAGAGACCCUGCGGCCAGCCCUCCCGAUUUCCAGAUUUCCCUUCGCCACCCGCCAUACCUGCUGUUGAUCCAGGGGGAGCUUUUCAACGCGUCGCUGGUCAGCCCGCAGCGGGUGUUGGACCUGGGCACGGGGACAGGGAGUUGGGCCAUCGACUUUGCAGAGAAAUAUCCCGCGGCGAAGGUGGUGGGCAAUGAUCCGAGUCCCAUCCAGCACCCGCGGGCCCCCCUGAACGUGGAGUUUCUCAUCGACGACUUCGAGAGCGACUGGGUGGAGCAGCCCGACACGUACGAGUUCAUUCACUCGCGCGGCCUGGCCGGAUGCGUGGGCGACUGGCACCGGCUGUUCCGGCAGGCGUACACGCCCCUGAAGCCCGGGGGGGACACUUUGAGCUGCAGGAGAGCGCGGUGUGGGCCUGGAGCGACGACGGCAGCCUGCGCGGGGACUCGCCGCUGGCCGAGUACGCGGGCCGGCAGAUCGGGCGCGCGCUCAACAUCUUCGCGGACCUGGCGCGGUGGCUGGGGGCGCACGCACGGGUUCGAGGAGGUGCGCGAGGCGACGUACCUGCUGCCCUUCUUGCCGUGGCCGACUGUUCAUGCCUAUACCAAGAUGUCAGUCGGAAACCCUUAUUACUCAUGCGAUGUGUAG